CAACUUAGAUUACCCCUUUGGACAGUUUGGUGUAUACAGAGUAAAAAAUGGUUCAGAUGGCUGCGAAAUUAACGUGGUGAAGGAAGCUGUAAACAUCUAUACACGUGAGUAUACCUCAUAACUUAUAUUUCCUUCAAAUUCUGAUACUCAUCCUUCAAAUUGAGUUGCUUAAACUGACUUAACUUGCCCAUGCACACGACGACGUCGAAGAGCAUUCGAUGCAAUCCGAACGUGCUGAGGACGCGCGUUAUGGGAUCCAAUGUACACUACCGUACAAAAUUUUGGAAACAUCUGUUUUUGGCCAUUGAGUACACAACACCUACAGGAUCGUCUGCUCUCCUUAAACAUGUUUUUACAAAUUACUAGAUGUUAACAAAAUACGUGUUUUAUGACUUAAUCCUGCGGUUUAUUUUUUUUGUACUUUGACGUGUCGCCCACGGUAGUAUUUGUUGGUUUUAACUUGUUUGGGUCCUAUUUGGUCGCAGUUUUGGCACGCGCAAGUUGUGACAAUAACAAUAUCAGUAUUCGAAAAUUGUUGACUACGGCUUUUCAUAUAAUUUUUCUUUAGAAAGCAAAUCACGUUUGAACAGCGAAGUGCUAUUUGUAUUCUUCGUGAGGAAGGAUACAGUGAACGUCAAAUCGCAGCUAGGUUCGGAAUUUCUUGUAAAGGUGUUCACUACACUCUUGCUAGAAAACAAGAAACAGGAACAAACGGAGAGAUAAAAAGAUUAGGCAGGCUCUAGCCCACAACUAAUCAAGAGGAUGACUUCACCAGAGUUCUGUCUAAACGGAGUCGACGCUUAACAGCACCACAAAUUACGCGAGGAGCCCAUCUCAGUAACAACUGUUAAACGACGACUUCUGUCUGUGGGUCUAAGAGGAUGUGUUGCUGCAAAAAGAAAAAAACAAAAUUAACAAUUAGACACAAGGAAAAAAGACCAAAGAUACAUAAAGACUGGAUUACAAUGGGAAAAUGUUCUUUAGAUUGAUGAAUCAAAGUUUCAGAUUUUCGGAUGCAAUAGACGAGUGUUUCUACGCCGUUCAGAGGAAGAAAGGGCUUCCGAAGAAGGUACAGUGCCAACUGUGAAACAUGGUGCUGGUAAUGUGAUGGAUUGGGGGUGUUUUGAAAACAAUAAACCCGAAAAUCUUGUGAGGGUAACUGGAAAAUUGAACAAAGUUACUUAAACAUUCUUCAGGACUCAGCCGCACCCUGUGGACUAAAUCUCAUUGAUCCUGAAUUUACGUUUCAACAAGAUAAUGACCCCAAACAUUCGUCUAAACUAUUCCAGAUUUUUUUAAAGAACAAAACAGAUGAGGUUUUAAAAAUCAUGCAAUGGAACUUGUCUAGGAUGAACUCGACAGGAGGGUGAAAAUAGUUCUCCUACGAGCUCAGAACAUUUAUGGCAGUUAUUAGAGAGUGAGUGGAACAAGUUAGGCGAAGAUUAUUUUAAGAAAUUAAUAAAUAGAAUGCCUAAAAUAUGCGCUAAAAUUAUUAAAGCAAAAGGUGGACACUUCGAUGAAGCUAAAAUUUGAUUAUUUUUCACAGUAUUUGUUAAUUUUCUGUUUUGCCUAAGCUGCUUAUAGUUCGCUUUUUAAUUUUAUAUCAAUAAAAUUAAUUGAAGAGGGCUCAAUUCUGUUUUAUAUGAUUUUACCCCGCUGCUGCCAAACUUUUGGACGGUAGUGUCCAUAUUUCGAUAUCGCUAUCAAAUGACACGUAUAUAUCUUAUAAUCCUACAUGUUUGUCUGGCCGCAAAUGAAAUUUCAUAUGCUUGAAAUACCAUCUACUGUCGACGUUUCGGCAAUCACGGUGGCCUUUUUCAAGUAAAUGCAUAUCUUAUUUUUUUAAGUCGCGUGGUGUUAGAACUUAAGCGACGACGAUAUCUCAAAUUUCAAAUAUAUUGGAAUAACAAUUCUCGCCUCGCAACAAAAUAUUACCUCCCCACUUCCUGCUUGUUUUGCGACACGUGAAACACUUCUGACAGUGUUCUGCGGUCCACUAACUGCAGGUGGCCUUCAUCACCUGAAUGUUUACCUUCCUCCUCACUACCUGCUAUUUCGUAGACACCAUAGUACACUGCAUAUAGGGUUUUGGACGCCAGAAUAUCAUCUCAGACACCUUGCCAAAAACUUAACGACGGAGUGACGCUUGUCUUUGAUAGUCCCUAUUAUUUCCAUCACCUAGAUGGUUUUUGAACCACCUUAGGCUAAUUGACGUUUAUUGUCGCACUGUGGCAGAUUUGUUUCACCCGUGGAUAUUCAUCAUCCGUUGACAGGUGUAUGGUUACAAGUGGUGCAGGGAGUUUAGUGCCGAUCGGAAGGAAGUCCACGAUGAAGAAUUGAGUUGAUGAGUGUCUAUUUCGGAGGCGACUAUCCAACCGAUCCAAUGCGAAGUAAACUACCAGGACAACAACAAGUUCACGGACGGAGGUUCUCAUGUUUUGAAGCACACCGCGUAGCACCAUCUCGAGAACCGCCUCCAAAACGGUCAGUCGUCCACUCCGUGGACUUCUUUCCGAUCGGCUCUAAACUCCCUGCACUACUUUCGGACAUGUUGAGCGCAGGCGUUGUUGCCGGGUUUUGCCCGGUACCUUAAAGUGUGGCUGGAGCUCUUUGGAAACCAUAUUUCUGGAUCAUCCCUCGUAUAUGAAAUUAAGCGUUGAGGGUGCCUGUACAUACCUGGUUUGUAAAUUAAGUGUUGAGAAUGAUUUAUUUUAACUGUUUAUUCAAAUAUAGUUACAAUUAAUUUUGUUUUGUUAUCCUCAAGAUAACUUCCUUCUGAAACAUAGCGCUGGAGACGGUUCUUCCACUCCUCAUAGCAGUGCUGAAACUUCGAUACUGGAAUAGCCUUCAGCUGGUCAGUUACAACCGUUUGAAUGUUUUCGAAUGUCCCAGAAUUAGCUCCCUUGAGGUGAUUUUUUAACUACUGGAAGAGAAAAAAGUGACAAGCGCUCAAGGUAGGCGAUUAAAGAGGCUGAGGAGCCACAUGAAUGUUUUUACUGGCAAAAAACUUGUUUAUUGACAUUCCUGUGUGAUAACGAGCACUAUCGUGAUGCAACACCCAGUUCUUGAUCAGAUGGACGGUGGCGUGAGUUAUAUUUAACUCUUCCCCGAUCAUUCUGACUGUCAACCGAAGAUGAAGGCCUUCUUCUUCGUGGUUCAUCUUCAAUCGACUCUCUUCCUUCUGAAAAUGCCUUAAACCAGCGAAAAACCUGGGCUCUUGACAAAACACUAUCUCCGUAGAUCUGCUGAAGCUUAGCAACAGUAGUACUGUGCCCCAGUCUGAAGCAAAAUCUUAUAGCACACGGUUGCUCGAAACUGAUGUCAUUCAUUUCUAGAACACAAUAGGAAAAACUGUUUCACAAAAAAAUCGCAACGGACAACCAAUUGACUCGAGCGAGUUCUAACUUGUAUUAAAGGCGGAUCACAUGUUCCCCUGUCUCCCUUUCCAGCCAGGCGCCUCCAGUGUUGCCAGAUGGAACGUUACGUUGCCAGUCUCGUCACUUCAUUUACAGAUCUCGUAGAUUCUACGGUGCGAUCUUUACACCCGCGCCCCGAGCGUUAAAUUGAUGGGUUGAAAAAAAACUCGCGACGUAUUUCAAUUGUUGUACUCAUAGAAAGUCAACGCGCAUUUUGUGUAACAUCGGUGUCACCUGAUACGACGUGCGCAUUGAUUUAACGCACUCCAUUUGAAAUAGUGUACGACAAAACGGUGGAAAUUGGUACCAUGGAAAGCUAAUUAGAUAUCAUUGAAAAUUCUCGUCAAACAAUCCCCAAUAACCAUGUUGUUUACAAAGUCCUGUAGUCUGAUUAUCAUUUCAGCGAUUAUAACUGUUAUUGCUAUAUACGCCAUAUUGAUUAUAUUUGGAUACCUAACAAUAAAUCUUUGGAAAAAGUACAUGUACAAUAAGGAAGACGAUAUUGAAAAUAAGGAGAAAGGAUCAACAAAGAGCAGAAUACACUCUUUGGAUACUUUUAGAGGAGUGAUAAUUGUUAUGAUGAUAUUUGCAAACUUUGGCUGUGGGGAUUAUGAGUACCUGAACCAUGCGAAGUGGAAUGGUCUCCACAUUGCGGACCUCAUUUUCCCUUCAUUCGUAUGGAUUAUGGGAGUUUGUAUACCGAUUUCUCUGACAUCGAGCUUUAAGAAAAAGCUUUCCAAUAGAGAAAUGAUACUCAAUGUAUUGAAGAGAUCUACGAAGCUAUUUCUUCUUGGCAUCUUCUUAGGAAGUGGAGUGGAUCUAUCAUACUUGAGAAUUUUCGGCGUUCUUCAACGUUUUGGCAUUGCAUACUUCGUGGUAUGCUUAAUAUGCAUCUACAUUAUGGACCGGACGUCUCCAGACAUUAUUAAUGAGGUUGAAGAAGUUUCAUCAAUAAAGUUAUAUUUUUCGGACAUUUUAAGAGUCUACAUGGGAUGGAUUAUUGUUAUAAUUAUAACAGCAAUACAUACAAUAAUUGUGUUUACUGUUGCUGCACCAGGUUGUCCUAGGUAAGAUAUUUGACUUUGAUAAGGGAUGAAAUUAGGCAGUCGACAAAAUCUGCUGCUCUAUUGCUAAUGCUGAAUAUAUCGUAACUUGUUACGUAAAAUCGCUUACCGUGUCAAUCCAUAUAGAAAUAGUAGACAAUUUUGUGUAUUUGUGCUGUAAUAUCAUUUUCAGAGGUUAUUUGGGACCUGGCGGUUUACAUCAAAAUAGUUCAUAUGAAAACUGCAUUGGCGGAGCUACAGGCUACAUAGAUGGAUUAAUACUCGGAAAUCACAGAUAUCAGUAUCCCACGAUAUAUCGUGUAUACGAAGCAAAGCCGUUUGAUCCGGAAGGGGUCAUAGGUAAAUAAGCCUCGUCCAUAUACGUGGUAUGCCAAUUGCGCUCCAGAAAUUUACGGGUGGGGGACCUUCCUUUCAGUUUCAGUCUAAGGUUGAAGUCGAUAUCACGUUUGUUUCUUAUUUUUUAUCCAUUUUUCGGAAGCAACUUUUCUAAUAGCGUCGUCAAAGGGCCAACUACGUGUUGCAAUCCAGUUUUCAUUGAAGUCUGAUGAACACCUUUGGAAUCCUUCUAAAAUUACAGGUGGUAAAUAGUUUUGUUUUUGUUUUAUUGACAAAUCCUUGGAACUUAAUUGCUAUACCAUGUAUCCUGGAUUUUUAUAGAUACCGUUUAUAUGCGAAUAAAUGUUGUUUCGAGCAAUCUAGAUAUAUUGCCCUUCUUUUAUAAACAUUUUGGCCCAAUGUACAGCGGUUUCUAUGAGUUUUGUAAUUUAACCAAGAAGAUUUCCUUAUACAGGGUCCGUCAGAAAGAACGCAUGUUUUUCGAAUGGGUACUACAUCGAAUGGGCUGGUCCCGUAUCGGUGGGAAAGGGCGUGUUGGAUAGUGGAAGAAGUGCCGUUGCAGUUGGCAAGAUGGUUUGGAACGUUGAGCAUCGUGUGUUCACUGUACGUCGGUACUUUCAAAAUGGCGACUUUGUCGUUCGAAUGUAACGUGAGUUUCGCGUCCACUUUCGGGUUCCACGUCUUGCGACAGUACCAGACCGUAACACCAUUUUAGACAGAGUGAGAGUUGACACGCUGCAAAGCCCGAAUCGGUCCGUCCGUUUGCGUGCCAGUUCUCUAGGGAUCCACGCGUCCUCUGU